GCAGAAGGAAUAGGAAUGCUGACUAUCUGGACUGCCGUAUUUUAUCCCCUAGGAACAAGCCUUGGCUGUCCCAGUGAAUCAGAAUUUUAUCUUCAUAAGGAAGAAGGGGCAGCAGGCAGGUCCUAUGGCAGUGUGUACAAAGCUAUUCACAAAGAGACUGGUCAGAUUGUUGCAAUUAAGCAAGUUCCAGUGGAAUCAGACCUACAGGAGAUAAUCAAAGAAAUCUCUAUCAUGCAGCAAUGUGACAGCCCUCACGUAGUCAAAUAUUAUGGCAGUUAUUUUAAGAACACAGACUUGUGGAUUGUUAUGGAGUACUGUGGGGCUGGUUCCGUGUCUGAUAUCAUUCGAUUACGGAAUAAAACGUUAACAGAAGAUGAGAUAGCUACAAUAUUACAAUCAACACUUAAGGGACUGGAAUACCUUCAUUUUAUGAGAAAAAUACAUCGGGAUAUCAAGGCAGGAAAUAUUUUGCUAAAUACAGAAGGACAUGCAAAACUUGCAGAUUUUGGGGUAGCAGGUCAACUUACAGAUACCAUGGCCAAACGGAAUACAGUGAUAGGGACACCAUUUUGGAUGGCUCCAGAAGUGAUUCAGGAAAUUGGAUACAACUGUGUGGCAGACAUCUGGUCAUUGGGAAUAACUGCCAUAGAAAUGGCUGAGGGAAAGCCCCCAUAUGCCGAUAUCCAUCCAAUGAGGGCCAUCUUUAUGAUUCCCACCAACCCUCCCCCUACAUUUCGAAAGCCAGAACUAUGGUCCGAUAACUUCAUGGAUUUUGUGAAGCAAUGCCUUGUAAAGAGCCCUGAGCAGAGAGCCACAGCCACUCAACUCCUACAGCACCCGUUUGUCAAAAGUGCCAAGGGAGUGUCAAUACUGCGGGACUUAAUUAACGAGGCCAUGGAUGUGAAGCUGAAACGCCAGGAAGCCCAGCAGCGGGAGGUGGACCAGGAUGAUGAAGAGAACUCCGAGGAGGAUGAGAUGGACUCUGGCACAAUGGUUCGAGCAGCAGGUGAUGAGAUGGGCACCGUCCGGGUAGCCAGCACCACAAGUGAUGGGGCCAGCACUAUGAUUGAGCACGGGGACACAUUGCCAUCACAGCUGGGCACCAUGGUGAUCAACACAGAGGAUGAGGAAGAGGAAGGGACCAUGAAAAGAAGGGAUGAGACCAUGCAGCCUGCAAAACCAUCUUUCCUUGAAUAUUUUGAACAAAAAGAAAAAGAAAACCAGAUCCACAGCUUUGGCCAGAGUGUCCCUGGCCCCCUGAGGAACUCCUCGGAUUGGAAAGUACCGCAGGAUGGAGACUAUGAGUUCGUAAGUAGUGCUCGAAGUGAACUGUUGUGUCUGCUGGGGACGGUUUUUUGCCAUAUUGCACAUCCACUUUUGUCACUUCACCAAAAGUGCCAGAGCGUUUCUUGUACGGUGCAAGCCUCUGGCCUUCCCGCAGCAGCCCCCCGGGCUGAGGGCCUCAUGGGUUUGAGACUGCAUUUUGACCGACGUUUGAGCAGUUCUGGGACUCCUGAUUAG